CGCCGCCGCGCGUGAGCAGCCCGGUACGAGAAUAACAAAGCAGAAGAAGAAGGAGAAGCAACCGAACAGCUUCGAGAAGAUGUCUGAGUACGCAGCGUCCCAGAAGAGUACCCUGAAACUAAAAGGCGUGGGGAGCAUUUCAGCUGGAAAAAAGAAGAAGAAGAAGGAUAAAGAGAGUAAGCGUCGCUUGGAGCAGCUUGCCAACGGUCAAAAUGAAGAGGAGGGGAAAUCCACGAAGACAUACGUUGACAAAAGAACACCGGCUCAAAUUGCCUUUGACAAGAUGCAAGAGAAGAGGCAAAUGGAGAGGAUUUUGAACAAAGCCUCUAAGACGCACAAACUCCGAGUGGAGGAUUUCAAUCGCCACCUGGACACGCUGACGGAGCAUUACGACAUCCCCAAAGUCAGCUGGACCAAAUAGAAGAGGAGCAGUUGGUUACUUGGCUUUUUGUUUAUUACUCGAGCUUUUAUGUAUUUACAAGUAAAAUAUAUUAAUUGGCAUUCAGUCAUUGUUUUAAUUCCUGAUCUAUACAUUAAAGGAUUUAAGUGAAGGAA